ACGUCAUCAUCCUAUGCGAGCGUGGCCCCAAGACCAAGAAACGACAGGCGAGAGGAGCAGAGGAGAUCAGGAGACCCCCACUGCUACUCCAUCUAAUCCGCUAGCCAUCGACCCUCGUUUCCUUGCUCCAUUCCUGUGGGACUCGUCGGAUUCACUCGCCGUCAGUCCAUGGUUUUGGCCCCUCGCCCCCACCCAUAAAGCCGAUGGGUUAGCACCCCCCGCCGCGCAAAGAACCCGAGGAGAGGACGGAAGCCGCGGCGACGGUCGUCCCCCUUCCUCUCACCGCCGGCGCUGCCCCGGAUCGCCGAGGCUUGCAGGUCCGUUUUUGUGAUUGGUGAAAAUAAUGGCUGCUGCUGAAGCAAGGGCUGCCUGGCAACGUGCUGCGAACCGUUGCCUGGUUCAGGAGGACAGAAAGAGAGCCCCAAAACUAGCCUGCUGUCCGUCGUCCGCUGAACAUGGUACAAACAAUGGGAACUGUAGAAAUGCUGAAGAUCGUCCCAUUUCCAAUUUCAUGCCUUUGAGCUGGAAUCCCAUGAAUUCUAAUCUGCCACCAGAUGUUAGAUGGUGGGUUCAGUUACAGCCAAAUUUCGGGAUCCAGAAGGAUCUUGCUAGUGAGCGGGUUUGUUGUUUAGGCAGGGACAUUGAUGAGAAGAACGUGGAGGAUUCAGCACCGAAGCCUAAACAUGAGGGAACAUUAUUUUGUGAAGCAGUUGACACCAAAACUAAGAAGAGUGGGGAUAUUUUUGGGCCUCCUGAAAAAGGCUUAGAAUUAGAAGACCUGACGACUGUUGGUUGCUAUUCUCAAGUGUCUAAGUGCAGAGAAACUGCCAGCAAUUGUUUGUACAAGGAUAUAGAAUUCCCAGAUUUCGAAUGUAUUGACCCAGAACCUUUGAAGAACCCAGAGAAGGCUGAUUUUGAUAUGGAUGUACCUUGGAAAGAAGGUGAAAAGACUCAACCAUGGUGGCAGACCGCUGAUGAGAAUGAGCUUGCUUUACUGGUUGCAGAAAGAGCAACACAGCACAUUGAAAACUGUGAUCUGCCAAGACCUACCAAGACAGUACCUGUUCACGGGACAGAACCAUAUACUCGCAAACAUAUAGGUGACUAUGGGGGGCCAUCAUCUCCUGCAGGAAGACUGUCACAUCCUCUUCCUGGACAAUGUGAGAAUGUGAAGUGUAGCUAUAGCACUGCAAGCACAUAUACAUUAAGUGUGUCACAAGAUUUUUCUAGCAGUAGCACUACAGGAUCAGAAAGCAAACAAACACUACAGAAUGCAACGGAGCGGGAUAAGAUUUUGGAGGCACUUCGUCACUCACAAACCCGCGCUAGGGAAGCCGAGAUGGCUGCCAAGAAAGCACACAAUGAAAAAGAUGAUGUCAUCAAGCUUUUGUUCCGUCAGGCCUCACAUCUCUUCGCAUGCAAUCAGUGGCUGAAAAUAAUGCAGCUGGAGAAUAUUGUCCUCCAGCUCAAGCAUAAAGAGCAUCAGAUAGCGUCCAUAAUACCUGAACUUCCAUGGAUGACCCUGAAGGAGAAGCCUACACAGGAUCAAGAGCAGAAAGAUUGGACUAGGAGAAAAGGUAGAAGGCAGAAGAAGGGAGGCAGCUUCUUUGACGCGAUCUUAUUUGCAGUCGGGCUAGGUCUUGCUGGUGCCGGUUUUCUUCUUGGUUGGACCCUGGGUUGGCUGUUGCCAAAGCUGUAGAGAGUUAGCUAAGCAUUUUGCUGUGUAGAUCCAUAGAUGGAAGGUCCAGGUGGACCCUUCUACCCUUCAUGAGAAUGGUGUCAAAUAUCAAAAUCUGUUAGGCCAGGAUCUGUUGGUUUGGAAAUGGAUUCUGGUGCGUGCAAAGACGUAAAUGAAUCUCCAUACUGCCCAUGGUUUUUUUUUUUUGGUUUUGUCUUGGUGUAAAUAUGCGUCUAUUUGGUAUCUCUGAAUAUUGUACAUAUGAAUCACUGUUGAAUUGGAAACUUUGUCGUCUGUCUGGUUCAGCAUA